AUGGCUCUGCUUCAAGAUGACAGCUAUCGAGCGGAGCUGCUGUCAGAUCUUCAAGCAGACUACACAAAGUUUUUCACAAUGGCAGAGAGAGAGCUAGAAGGGAUAUCAAAGACCAAGCCAGUCGAUCAAUACGUGCGACUACAGAAAAUCGGGCAGGGUACGUUUGGGGAGGUUUUUAAGGUGCGGCAUAAAUCGACAAAACAGCAUUUUGCACUGAAACGAAUUCGGAUGGAACAAGAAAAAGAAGGAUUUCCUAUUACUGCGUUACGAGAAAUACGCAUAUUACAAUCCCUCAAUCAUGAAAAUAUUGUGUGUCUAAAGGAAAUAUGCCACAGUCCACCGAAUGCUGGUAAUGGAUUCAAACCACAAUUCUAUCUUGUUUUUGAGUUUUGUGAUCAUGAUCUUGCUGGUUUAAGUCAGCAGAUUGAUUUCACUGAACCAGUCAAAAAAGCAAUAAUGAAACAACUACUUACUGGCGUUUUCUACUUGCAUCUAAACAAUGUUCUCCACCGGGAUUUAAAAGCUGCGAACAUUUUGAUUGAUAAAAACGGCAUUCUUAAAAUAGCAGAUUUUGGUCUGGCUCGAACAACUGUUGCCUCUCUUCGUCCUGAUCGCCCAACACGUUAUACUGGACGAGUUGUUACUUUGUGGUAUCGACCUCCUGAAAUUCUCCUAAAUGACCGCCAUUAUGGAAAGCCUGUAGAUAUGUGGGGUGCUGGUUGUAUUAUGGCUGAAUUAUGGACAAAGUAUCCUAUUAUGCAGGGGGACAACGAGAUUAGUCAGUUGAACCUUAUCAUUAAUCUCUGCGGAUCUAUAACACCUGAAAUAUGGCCAGGUGUAGAACGUUUGGAAACAUUUAGAGAAGCUCGUCUACCUCAGGACAUUAAACGACAUGUUCGAGAGAAAUUGACCCCAAAAUUUCUUCGCUUGCUGCUGUAG